AUGGAAGGCCAAGAUACCUUGCCGCCCGGCAGCAACCUGAGCGAGUCCGAGUCUCCCUAUCUCUUCAGCACCACCAAGAUCAUCUUUGGUGAUAACUCAAUGUACUGGGUUUCAACCCAUCUGUUGGAGAAAUAUCCCAAGUUCAGACUCUCCUACUACAGGGACGGAGAUUUCGUGAAGCUCAACUGGCUCAACAGCACCCAAACGGCUGGCUUCAUGAGAUAUUUACGCAAAGGAAAAUGGGAGAGCCGAAAGCCAGAGGACUUGAACAGACCACUGGACUACUACAACAGGAUGCAACAGUGUCUGUCGGUCCACUGCCUCGCUGUGAACUACGGAAUGUUCGAACUCUCUAGACUCACCAUUGGAGAAUUCUCCAGUAUGGCUAAUCGACUCUCAAUCUUCAAACUCGUGGAGAUGCUUCAAGAAGUCAGCUCGACACUUCAGAGCAACCAGACUGUUUCGACCGACUACUCCGACCAGCGAGCUACAAUGAGCGAGGAGGCCAGGAUGGCCGACCACAUCGCCAGCUUUCAAAGGCUAUCACUGGUCGAACAUCUGGAGAACGUCAUUUCUGCGGACGUGAGCGAGAUGAAGCGCGAGCUUCAACGGUACAAAGAGAGGUACGGACCUCUGUGA